AUGGAGUGGGUUCGGGGAAAGGAAAUCGGUCGGGGAAGCUUUGCCACCAUCUACACCGCAAAGCCCAAAAACCCAUCUUCUCAACUUCCGCCAUUGAUGGCCGUCAAGUCUGCUGAAUCCUACUACUCUGCUUCGGUCGAGAACGAGAAGCGAAUCCUGGACCAAAUUGGGUCUUGCCCACAAAUCAUCCGCUGCUUCGGAGAUGAUCGGACCGUCGAGGACGGCGAGGAGUUUUACAAUUUGAUGCUGGAGUAUGCGACCGGAGGUACUUUGGCCGACGAGCUCAAGAGAAACGGUGGUCGUUUGGCGGAAGCCGAUGUUCGACGACACACAAAUUCGUUGCUUAAAGGCCUCGGCUUCGUCCACGCAAAAGGGUUUGUUCACUGCGACGUGAAGCUUCAGAACGUUCUUGUUUUCGACAAUGGAGUGGCCAAGAUCGCCGACUUUGGGCUCGCGAAGAAAGCAGGGGAAGCAGAGCAGAAAGCCGAAGUCAGAGGAACUCCUCUGUAUAUGGCGCCUGAAUCUGUUAACGACAACGAGUACGAGUCGUCUGCUGACGUUUGGGCUCUUGGGUGUUUAGUUGCGGAGAUGGCGAGUGGAAAACCAGUCUGGCAUCACAGCCCCGGCGCGAAUAUUUUCAAACUCUUGAUGAGGAUCGGAGGAGAUGAGUUGCCGCAAAUUCCAGAGGACUUGUGCGAAGAAGGAAAAGAUUUUCUUGAAAAGUGUUUUGUCAAGGACCCGAGAAAGCGCUGGACGGCUGAGAUGCUUCUGAGCCAUCCUUUUGUUUCUGAUUACGACGCCGUUUUGUUGGAAGACACCAAGCCAUCACCAUCUCCGAGAGGCCCGUUUGAUUUCCCAGAUUGGGUUUCGAUGGCAAGUUCAGAAAUUUCAUCAGACUUUGGAGAUUUUUUCGGAAAGAUUGAUUUGAAUUCCGAGUCUGAUUGGUCGUCGAGACAGAGUUCUAUUCCGGCGGAGGAUAGGUUGCGGCAGCUAGCCACGGAGGAGACACCCAAUUGGUCAUUCUCUGGAGAUUGGGUCACAGUCCUGUGA